AAAGUACACAGUUCAAGGUAGAAUUCUAUAUACAGAAUCAGUAUGGCAUCACAUGAAAAGUUAGAUAUUGUGGUGGUUGGGAGUUGUAUUAUGGAUUUAAUAAGUUAUUCAGAAAGACAGCCCAAACCUGGUGAAACUAUUAAAGGUAGUAAAUUUAUGACAGGUUUUGGUGGUAAAGGAGCAAAUCAAUGUUUUAUGGCAGCUAAGUUGGGAGCAAAAUGUCUUAUGGUUUCUAAGGUUGGGAAAGAUGACUUUGGUAAUAGUUAUAUAAGAAAUUAUCAAGAACAUGGAAUGAGCACAGAAUAUGUUCAACAGACAUCUGAAGCAUCUACUGCUAUAGCUGCUAUUACUGUUAGUCAGGAUGGUCAGAAUUGUAUUAUAAUUGUUACUGGUGCUCUAGAUUUAUUAUCAGAAUCUGAUGUUCUACAAGCUGAAUCUUGUAUUAAAAACUGUAAAGUGAUGUUAUGUCAGUUAGAAAUAGACCAGAAUGUUUCAUUGUUUGCUAUGAAAUUAGCUAAGAAACAUGGAGUAAAAACAAUUUUUAAUUCAGCACCAGCUCAAUGUAAUAUAAAUCCUGAAUUCUUUACUGUCUGUGAUAUAUUUUGUGCCAAUGAAACAGAGGCAGAAAUUCUGACAGGUUUAAGUGUAAAAUCACUGGAGGAAGGUAAAAUAGCUGUUAAAGCACUGUUAGAUCAGGGCUGUAAUACUGUUAUACUAACAUUAGGUGAACAAGGAUCAUUGUUUGCUACCAAAGAUAGUCCUACUGUAGUUCAUGUACCAAUAACAAAAGUUAAAGCUGUGGACACAACGGGAGCUGGAGAUGCAUAUUUAGGUAGUUUAGCAUAUUAUAUAGCUCUAAUGCCUGAAUUACCAUUAUUAGAAGCUAUUAAAAGAGCUAGUGCUAUAGCAGGAUUAUCAGUACAGUCUCCAGGAACCCAAUCAAGUUUUCCAAAACGAGAACAAUUACCAAACAAUUUAUUUUGAUCUCUUUGCUAAUUUCGUGUGGUCAUUCUUAAAGAAUAUCAAAUAUGGCUGGUUUGAUAAAACGUAAUUGAUUUUUACUUAAAAGAGUACUACUUCUUAGGAUGUUGUGUACAGUUGUUUUUGUUUUUUUGAUUGUUCAAUAUAUUAUGAUGAUAUUUUAUUUGAGAUAUUCAUAACCCUAUUAUAAUUAUAAAUGAAUAUAUUGAGUGUAAUUAUGUGAAUAUGUUUAAACGUACUAUUUAAAACAUGACUUAAAUUAAAUAGAACCAAUCCUGGCAGUUUUGGGAACAAUUAAGCUUUUUAUUCUACAAAUUUCCAUAUAAAUUUGCCAUUUUAUCUAAAUUAUUAUGUUUUAUUAAAAAGUAUAAAUAUG